AUGGUGUGGUGUCACCCAGCGGGUCACCCAGUGAGUCACUCAGCGGGUCACCCAGUGAGUCACUCAGUGAGUCACUCAGUGAGUCACCCAGCGGGUCACCCAGUGAGUCACUCAGCGGGUCACCCAGUGAGUCACUCAGUGAGUCACUCAGUGAGUCACCCAGCGGGUCACCCAGUGAGUCACUCAGCGGGUCACCCAGCGGUGCACCCAGUGAGUCACUCAGCGGGUCACCCAGUGAGUCACUCAGUGAGUCACUCAGUGAGUCACCCAGCGGGUCACCCAGUGAGUCACUCAGCGGGUCACCCAGCGGUGCACCCAGUGAGUCACUCAGCGGGUCACCCAGCGGUGCACCCAGCGGGUCACCCAGUGAGUCACCCAGUGAGUCACUCAGUGAGUCACUCAGUGAGUCACCCAGUGAGUCACUCUGAGUCACCCAGCAGGUCACCCAGCAGGUCACUCAGCAGGUCACUCAGCAGGUCACUCAGCAGGUCACUCAGCAGGUCACCCAGCAGGUCACCCAGCAGGUCACUCAGCAGGUCACUCAGCAGGUCACUCAGCGGGUCACCCAGCGGGUCACCCAGCGGGUCACCCAGCGGGUCACCCAGCGGGUCACCCAGCGGGUCACUCAGCGGGUCACCCAGCGGGUCACUCAGCGGGUCACUCAGCGGGUCACUCAGCAGGUCACCCAGCAGGUCACCCAGUGAGUCACCCAGCGGGUCACCCAGCGGGUCACUCAGCGGGUCACUCAGCAGGUCACCCAGUGAGUCACCCAGCAGGUCACCCAGCGGGUCACUCAGCGGGUCACUCAGCGGGUCACUCAGCGAGUCACUCAGCGAGUCACCCAGUGAGUCACCCAGCAGGUCACUCAGCAGGUCACCCAGUGAGUCACUCAGCGGGUCACUCAGCAGGUCACCCAGUGAGUCACCCAGCAGGUCACUCAGCAGGUCACCCAGUGAGUCACCCAGCGGGUCACUCAGUGGGUCACCCAGCAGGUCACCCAGUGAGUCACCCAGCAGGUCACUCAGCAGGUCACCCAGUGAGUCACCCAGCAGGUCACCCAGUGAGUCACCCAGCGGGUCACUCAGUGGGUCACCCAGCAGGUCACCCAGUGAGUCACCCAGCAGGUCACUCAGCAGGUCACCCAGUGAGUCACCCAGCAGGUCACCCAGUGAGUCACCCAGUGAGUCACCCAGCAGGUCACUCAGCAGGUCACUCAGUGGGUCACUCAGCGGGUCACCCAGUGAGUCACCCAGCAGGUCACUCAGCAGGUCACCCAGUGAGUCACCCAGCAGGUCACCCAGUGAGUCACCCAGCGGGUUACUCAGUGGGUCACCCAGCAGGUCACCCAGUGAGUCACCCAGCAGGUCACUCAGCAGGUCACUCAGUGGGUCACUCAGCGGGUCACCCAGUGAGUCACCCAGCAGGUCAUCCAGCAGGUCACUCAGUGAGUCAUUCAGUGAGUCACUCAGUGGGUCACUCAGCGGGUCACCCAGCAGGUCACCCAGCAGGUCACUCAGUGAGUCAUUCAGUGAGUCACUCAGUGGGUCACUCAGCGGGUCACCCAGCAGGUCACCCAGCAGGUCACUCAGUGAGUCAUUCAGUGAGUCACUCAGUGGGUCACUCAGCGGGUCACCCAGCAGGUCACCCAGCAGGUCACUCAGUGAGUCAUUCAGUGAGUCACUCAGUGGGUCACUCAGCGGGUCACCCAGCAGGUCACCCAGCAGGUCACUCAGUGAGUCAUUCAGUGAGUCACUCAGUGGGUCACUCAGCGGGUCACCCAGCAGGUCACCCAGCAGGUCACUCAGUGAGUCAUUCAGUGAGUCACUCAGUGGGUCACUCAGCGGGUCACCCAGCAGGUCACCCAGCAGGUCACUCAGUGAGUCAUUCAGUGAGUCACUCAGCGGGUCACCCAGCAGGUCACCCAGCAGGUCACCCAGCAGGUCACUCAGUGAGUCAUUCAGUGAGUCACCCAGCAGGUCACUCAGUGGGUCACUCAGCGGGUCACCCAGCAGGUCACCCAGCAGGUCACUCAGUGAGUCAUUCAGUGAGUCACCCAGCAGGUCACUCAGCGGGUCACUCAGCAGGUCACCCAGCAGGUCACUCAGUGAGUCAUUCAGUGAGUCACUCAGCGGGUCACCCAGCAGGUCACCCAGCAGGUCACUCAGUGAGUCACCCAGCAAGUCACCCAGUGGGUCACCCAGCGUGUCACCGCUCACCCUGCCAUGUGACGCUCGUGAUAAAUAAAUAAAUAA